AUGAUUUUACGGGUUUUUAUCCUAUUUUCAAUUAUCAAUUCAAUUGUUUGCGAUAGCAAUGGGUAAGUAAAUUAAUUUCAAAUUUUCAAAAAUCUCUCCAUUUUUAUUUUUAUUUUUCCAGUGCAUAUCAAGUAUUUCGAAUUCUGCCCACAAAUAAUAAACAACUUCUACAAAUGAUUCAACUCUUUGAAAAUGCCGAUACAGAUCGAGCUGAUUUUUGGCACGCGCCAAGUACUGUAAAUGGUACUGUAGAUGUGAUGGUUGCGCCGGAGCAUACGAGUGAAUUUAGGAAAUAUUUGGAUAAACAUGAGUAUACUUAUCAAGUUGCUAUUGAGGAUUUGAAAAAGUUGGUUUUUUUGAGAGGGAAAGGAAGGGGGAAGGGUACUGUAGAAUAUAUUACUGUAUGAUAUAGCUAUGUUCCUUUAAUUGUAAUACGUAAAUCCCAUUGCGAGCUCUGUAAGAGUAGAUCAAACCUGUAUGUUUCUUUAAAUUUGAUCUGGAUUACUGUAGUUCGAAUCUAACUUUGAAAAUUAACGAAAAAUGAGGUUUCACAGAUUAUGUCCCUUUGAAAAUUGAGUAGAAUACUGUAGACUACAGCUACAGUACUCUGAAUACCUCUGUUCCUUUAAAGUACUGUGAUUACUGUAGAUUAUCCCUAUGUUCCUUUAAAGAACUCAAUAGUACGGUACCCCAGCUUAUGCAGCUACAGUACUCCUUUUUCCUUUAAACUAAGGUUACACCUAUGUUCCUUCAAGCUAUGGUUACUGUAACUCAUACAUAUGUUCCUUUAAAUAACUCAAGACUACUGUAGGCAAAAAUGCCAUAGUUUUCUUGGGAACUACACAAUUUUUAGAAAAAAAUAAUAAUAAAAUUUUUGCCACGUCACAAAUCAUCUCCCAAAAAAUUUCCCCCAAUUUUUGCAGACUUUUAAUCGAAAAAGAGGGAAAUCUUGCAAUUCACGCCUCAAAUGACUCGUCAUUUCUGAACCAGCGAUUGAACGAUGAUAUAAAUGGUGGAUUCCAUUCUCGCCUCCGAAUGGGCGAAUAUUAUUCAUAUUCUGUCAUUUCGACGUGGCUCGAGAGAAUUGCGGAGAGUCUUCCGGAUAUUGCAGAGCUAAUUGAAGUUGGAACAAGUAUUGAGGGACGGAAAAUUGUGGGAUUGAAAUUUGGAAAAGAUUCGCCGGAGAAGAAGAUUGUUGUGAUUGAUGCUGGAAUUCAUUCGAGAGAAUGGGCUGCUAUUCAUACGGCCACUUAUUUUAUUAAUUUGGUGGGGAUUUUUUUGAAACAGCAGAAUUUUCUUUAUAUAGAUUCUAAUUCUUAUUGUAAGCAUGUUGGUAAUAUUGUUAAAAGCUUUCAAUUAUUUUUCAGUAAAUAUUGAAACAGUGAAAUUUUGAAUUUUUUUUAAGCUACAACAAUUUUUAGUGACCGAAUUUUUUAUUUCAAUUUUUAAAAAUAAAUUUCGAAACAGCAAAUGUUUCUCGAAAAUAAUCACCAAUCACCAGAAACUUGAUAAGUUCCUCAAAAUCCCCUAAAUCUUCAUACAUUUUUGAAACAGUGAAUUUUUUUUUCAAAUAUUAUAAUAGUUCAAUGUUAUCAGAACUUAGAAACUCUUGAAAAAUAAAUUUUGAAACAGUAAAUUUUUGAAUUUUUUCACGAUCUUCUACUUUAAAAUCACCAAAAAAUGUUUCUUUCGAUUUUUCAAAAAAUAAAUUUCGAAACAGUGAAUUUUUUUCAAAAAAUAUUCAAUCCUUUUUGUGAAUUAAUUAAUUCGAAUUGUCAAUUAGUCCCUCAAAAAAUCCCCCAAAUCUUCAUACAUUUUUGAAACAGUGAAAAAAUGAUUUUUUUUGCAGAUGGUCAACUCACGCGAAACCGAUCCACAAAUUCAAGAUUAUCUCAAAAAUCUGGUGAUUUAUAUAAUUCCAGUUUUGAAUCCGGAUGGAUAUGAAUAUACGAGAACUGACAAAACUAAUCCAAGGGUUUGUGAAAUUUUGAAAUUUUUGAAUUUUAAUUUCAGGCUAGAAUUUGACAUUACUUAUGGAUUUUUGAAGAUUUUUGCAAAUUCUAAUUUCAGGCCAGAAUGUGGCGUAAAUCCCGCUCCGCCAGACAAUGCGCCUUUGAUGGAAUCAGAAAUUCUUGCUGUCAAGGAGUUGACCUAAAUCGAAAUUUCGAUUUCCGCUUUGCCGAAAUCGGAUCAUCCAGAUAUCCAUGUUCGGAGAUUUAUCACGGAAGUUCAGCGUUCAGCGAGCCAGAGACCAAGUAUUUUUUUUUUUAUUUUUGGUUUUUGAAAAAAAAUUUGAAAAAAAUAUUUCAGAGCAUAUUCGCAAUUUCUGACAAGUUUAAAAGGGCGACUCGAAGCUUAUAUCACUUUGCAUUCUUAUUCGCAACUUUGGAUUUAUUCGUAUUCUCAUAGAAAGUUUACUUAUGCUCCGGAUAUUGACGAUACUGUAGGUUGAAGUCUGGGGGAAGCUUCAGGCAUUUUUUUUUCGAAAUGUAAUUUCAGGGGGAUUUUAAAAUUUUCAAUUUUCUAGUUUUUUUUUAGAAAACAUUUAUUUUUGGCCAAACAUUGUUCAGAAUUUUUAAAGCCUAGAAAUUUCUCAAAAUUUGAAUUUUGCAGCGCCGAGUUGCUGCAAAAGCUGUUCAAGAAUUGGGAAGAAUGUACGGAACAAAAUAUCGACAUGGAACUGGACCUGAAAUAAUUUGUGAGUUUUUUUUGUUUUUGAAAAAAUUUACUGUUUCAAAGUUUUAUGAAAAGAAAAUCGUUUGUCAAAAAAAUUGUUCAAAAACCCUACUGUUUCACAGGAAACAUACAAAAUUUAUCGAAAGUUUUGAAAAUGAUAAUUCCUAUGUUAAUUUCAUCUUUAAAAAUUCGCUGUUUCAAAAAUAAAAAUUUUAUGUCUAGUUUUUUAAAAUAACAAAAAAUGAUGAUUUUUACUUUUCUACUCACCCGGAACAAACUUUUUUUUUUCGAAAAUCCCCAAAAAUAUUUUUUUCCAGACGCAUUCUCGGGCGGUUCAACAGAUUGGGCGAAAGAAACUCUGAAAAUCAAAUAUUCUUAUACAAUCGAAUUGCGACCGGGUUAUGAAGGUAUUAUAGGUCAUUUAGAUUUUAUAUAAUUAGUUUUUUUCAAUUAGCAACAAAAUUAUUUUCAAAAGAAUAUUUGUUUUUGUAGAAUGGAACGGGUUUGUUUUGGACAAAAAUCAAUUGAUUCCGACGGCAAAAGAGACUUGGGCUGGAGUUGGUGUGGUUUUGGAUGAGGUUUCGAGUCAGUGGAAACAUUCGAGAAGUUAGUUGGGAUUUCCAGGAGGGUGGGAACGAGAUUUCAGAGAAAUUUAUGAGAUUUUCAAGAAAAUUUAUAUAAAUUUUGAGUGAGUAAGAAUUCACUGUUUCAGAUUGUUCAAAAGGAUUUUUUGAGUAAUUUUCAGUAAAAAUUAAUUAUUCAAAAUAUUUUAAAAGGAUAUAUUUAUGCUCUGGAUUUUAAAAAAUCCACUGUUUCAGAAAAAUAAUAUGAAAAUUUUCAAAACUAUGUAAAUGAUCGUAUUGCUUUUUUCAAAGUCAACAAAAUAAAAAUUUCUGUAGUCUCGAAAAUUUCCCAAAAAAUUACUGUUUCAAAAAUUGCAUUAAUUUUUUUUAAAUUUGACUGAUUAUCUCUUGUUUCGUAAUCAGAAGAAUCCCAGUUCAAAAAAUCCACUGUUUCAAAAAUUAGUGAUAUUUUUAACCUCAAAAACAUCCACUGUUUCGUGAAAAAGAUCUUUGAUCCCUCAAAAAUCCCCAAAUAUCCUCCCAGAAAAUCGCACAUCAAGAUUGAUCUCAUCGCGUGUUCAACAUCCACGUCGACCACGAUUUUUUAUCAGCGGACAAACGGCUAAACUUUCCGUAAAUCUCUAUAACCUAGAAAUCUAGAAACAUUAAUUGCUAGGCUUUGCAUGUCCAUAGAAAUCUUCUAUUCCAAAAAUGUCUUUAAAUUUUUUUGCAGACCAAGAGGUAGAAACACACCGUGCACGUCAACAACUCUGCUUCGAUAAACUAUCCGGUUGCUCAUUUUGGCUCAAAAAUUCACCAAAUUUGUGUCGAGAUUCGAUAACUACAAUGACACGUGAUUGCGCAAAAACUUGUAAUUUAUGUCAUUUGAUUUCUGUCUAG